AUGGUGCACGCACGCACGCACGCACGCACGCUACUUGCCACACGAGGUGGGAUAUCGUCUUGGAACAACAUUCUCAUAGCUAGGAUCCGCGGCGGGAGGAACGCUGAAAACGUCAUCCUGACCACAUGUAUUUGCACGAAAGGCAUCGAUGAUCGUGCCCCGAAAGAGUUCAAGAAGUUUUGUCGUUUAAAUAAGUCGAACCAGCGAAGGCGACGUACGACGGCCGGGAAAGAGAAGAGAAAGUUUGAAGGUCUCUCGCGUCACUUGGAUAUGCAGAUGAAGUUUGGCUCAAAUCCGGGGUAUAUACCGGACGAGCCUGAUCGUGGUCAAGGGGACGACGUUAGAGAGUGGAAGCAUCGAGGUGAGAAUUUUGCGACGACGGGGCUGAUUAUGUAUGGAAUAACUGGCCAUUCGCCAUCGCCAUCCAAGAUCCCUUGCGGGAAGGUGAGGGAUAAUGUGAAGGCGGGAGUACCGGGUAUAACGGAGCUUACGAUGAGCAAGGCCAAGAGCUUGAAACGGUCGGUGUUUGAGGCCGCUGUUUGA